CGGAAUCGGCUGUAUUUUUAAAGGGGGCAAAAAAAAACACCAGAAAAUCACUCGUUACUCUAAGGGGACGACUUUUGUUUUUGUUUAUGUUUAACAGGCGGUGUCUUCGAACUCCUGAAACCGAACUUAGUAAAGGUGGAUAGUUGCGAAGGCUUGGAAUUGGAUACACUUUCCAAAUUGAUUUGAGAAUGGCUACGAGUCAUCACGUGAACCGCCUCUUCAGUGAAGUGACCUGCUCCAUCUGCCUGGAUUUCUUCCAGGAGCCAGUGGCACUGGAAUGUGAACAUAAUUUCUGCCGUCUCUGUAUCUCCAAGAGUUGGGAGCAGGGUGAUGCUUUCUACUCCUGCCCUGAGUGCAGGGAGGAGUUCCGUGAGAAGAAGCUUAGGCCAAACCGCAUGCUGGCCAAUAUUGUGGAGGGGGUGAGGGAGCUGAACCUUCAGCCUCACCAAGGUCACCCUACCUUCUACUGCCAGCAGCAUGAGGAGCGGCGCAAGCUUUUCUGCCAGGACUGCCAAGCAGCCAUCUGUGUGGUGUGUUCCUGUGCAAAAGAGCACCGGGGUCACAGCUUCAUCCCUGUCGAGGAGGCUGCCGACCUGUACAAGGAAAAAUUGGAAGAGGCUAUCAGCUUCCUCCAGUCCCAAAAGGAGAAGGCCUGUCAAAGCCAAAGCCAGGAAGAGGCAAAGAUUUGUAAAGUAAGGGAGCAAGGCAAACUGCUGAAGGAGCAGGUUGAAGCCGAUCUGGUCACCAUCUAUCAAUUUCUGGACACAAAGAAACAAGAGCUGGAAACAAAGAUUGAGCAACAAGUGUGCCAGACCAUUGAACCCUUACAAGAAAAUGUGGAGAAGAUCCACCAGGAAAUGUCCUCGAUUGAACAAACUGUCCUGGAUGUACAGUUGCAACUGAGUUUCAAAGAGCCUCUGGAGCUUCUUCAGGAUAUCAAACUGCUGCUGGACAGGUGUAAACAGGAGCAUGUCAAACCAGUAGAUGGACCCAUUGAGCUGCGUACCAACUCUAUCAUCACACCUUUCCGCUACAUCAAAAUCUGGGAUAAACUUAAAGCAUUAAUACCAGCCAGAGAAUUUCUAAAACUGGAUCCUAAGACAGCACAUCCACGACUUAUUCUGUCCGAGGAUCUCAUCAGUGUGAUUGAUGGCGAGAAACGUCGGGACUCUUCAUUCAUGCUCCAUCGUUUUAACCACUGGCUCUGUGUUCUAGCUAACAUUGGCUUCCUGUCAGGGCAACACUACUGGGACGUAAUGCUGGGCAACAAUACUGCUUGUAUCAUUGGCGUUGUCAGCGAAUCUGCUGACCGGUCAAUAACUAAACAGCUGACACCACAAGAUGGCUACUGGGUGAUUGAAAUGGUCAAUGGGAGCCUGGUCAAUGUCAUUGGUCCUGGUGCCAAGAUCCUCCCUCUACGACGCAAGCCCCGCAUCAUCCGUGUCUACCUGAAUUAUGAGGAGGGGCAGCUAUCUUUCUACGAUGCUGAAGACCUGUGUCCUAUCUACACCAUACGGGACAAGUUCACAGCAAAACUCUAUCCCCUCUUCAACCCUCAUAACCGUAAGGAAGGGAAUUUGGAGUCACUGAGUAUAUGUAACGAGACAGAGUGCUAAGAUUCAUUUGCUCCCAGCAGGGUGGGAUUUUGACAUUGUGGCAGCCUUUCUUGAAGGGGAAGUCUGUUGACAUUUAGAACGGCUCUAAGGCAAAUAAGUGAACUCCUAUUGGCAUUUUUCUUCUAGUCAUUGUUGCCAGCCAUUAAGUGUUAAAAGUUGCUGGUUGGAAUUAAACGGACCCUGACAGGCUGGCUGGGAAUUUUCACCCUGGUGCUCCAGGUUCCUAGGAGGAACUCAUAUUUGUCAAAUCUGCAUUGUCCAUAUGUUACCUUUCCAUUAUUGACUUUAAAUGUUACAACAUUGCUGGUUGAGGCAGGAGGAAGAGGGACUGCUGAAUUCUACAUGGGAACCAGUAGCACAGGCAAGAAAUCCCAUUCAUCAUGUAUCAUGGCAGAUAUACAGAAUAAACUCCCCUUGCAUAGCAACUCGGUGGAUCCAUAAAUCACAACACAAGAUCUGGAGUCCAGUCUGAAUGUGGAAUCCAGCAUUGGUGCCAUUUUACUGUCAUUGGCACUUGUUUCCAUAGCAAACACACCAGUACAGGGGUUAUCCCUCCCAAUUUAUCCUUCCUGCAAUUCCAUGAGUGGAUUAUAUCAAUUGGAAACUGGAAUAGGCCAUUUGGACAUACUGGCAUGGUCUGCCAUUCAAUAAGGUCAAGUGCUUAUCAGGUUGUGGCCUCAAUUUCACAGUGAAUAUUGACAGUUGUUUAUGAAAAUGAUUAUUGUAGUAAUGGAUAUAAAAAGGCACAAGACAUCAUAUCAUGAAAGGAUAAAAUGGCCAAACUUCUCUUACCAGUAUUUUAUCAAUGCAAAAUAGUUCAAUAGCCACACCACAUUGAUGCUGGAAGGAACAAACUGAGGCAAACAUAUUAAAGAUUUUGAUGUAAGGAAAAACUUCAAAUGCAUUAUGAGUAAAGGCACAAUUCAACCUGGAGUUUAAUAAAUGCAUUCUAAGUGUUUCAUUAUCGUAGUUUGAAUUUUAUCAUUUUUAAUGAAGUCUUUUUCAAUUGAAUACACUGUAAUGUUCCCAUUACAAAUACCUCUGCAACCCUAUGCUUUCACAGCCUUUUUGGUUCAUUUCUCCAGCAUUGGAGAAUAUGUCAACAUACUAACACUGACAGAAACGUGGAUUAUGGUGAUCCUAAGAAUGGAUUUGAUGGUGUGAACAAAGAGGAACUAUUUCUCUUGGCAGGUGUGUUGGUAACCAGAGGCUAUCCUCAGGGCAUAUUCAUGGUAGACCUGACAUUGAGGCAUUCAUUGGCAGGCACUAGUAUGAAAUGCUUUGGGAUUAUGUUGCUGUGGCAACUUUACCAUGAAUACACCCCCCCAAAAAAAAACACUCAGCUUGGGCAAGUCACUGAGACAGACAGGGCAAAAGAUUUCUAAAAUCAGUAUUAUUAAUAUUGGAGUGAGGGAAAGGGUGUAUAAUUCAUGCUCACUUUUGUAUCAGAACAGCAAACUUACAAGAACAACUAAUAGUCACAAAUGGAGGAAUCGUCCACAAUACUGUUCUUCACAUCAUACCACAUGUUGUUCGGGUAAUAAAUGAUUUGGAAAUCUGAAACAGGAACAGAAAAUUCUCAGUGGCAAGUGUAUGAUGCACACCAUUAUUAAUGUUGCAUUCAUUCUGCAUUUGGAAUAAAGAUUACAUAAAUUGUAAA